AAAAAUGAUUCAGUUUUGUUUAUUGUUAUGUACACAAAAUCAAUUCGUCGUAGGUGGUUGCUUUAGUUUGACGCGUCUGUAAUUUCGAAUUAUGAGGAAUGUGUAGAAUUUUAACCUGUAAAUGUAAUUAAAUGUUGGUUCUAGUGUUUCAAGUUUGUCCAGCUUCAACUUUAUGAUGUUGAAGGCAUCAUUCGCAUAUAAGUUCAAGUGCUUCAAUUUCAAGCUUCCUGCGGCUUAUUUCUUGAUUAAUUAAUGUAUUAAGAUAAUCUUUCAAUGAUUUAGAACUAUAAUUAAAAUGGAUAAUUCAACACCACCCGAUCCAUCCAAUCCUAUAUUACACGUUUUGGUGGUAGGAUUCCAUCACAAGAAAGGAUGUCAGGUCGAGUAUUCAUACCCUCCUUUGUCCGAAGAACACAAUUCAGACUCAAAUGAAUGUCCGGCUGGAUGGAAAUAUUUACCAACCCUGGCUUUACCUGAUGGUUCACAUAAUUACACUCAUGAUACUGUGUACUUUCAUUUACCUAGUCUAAAUAAUCCAAACGAAACAAUCUUCGGGAUAUCAUGCUACAGACAAAUAUCCGUAGACCAAGUAAAGAAUCGAACUUCAGAUUUAACUAGAGAUACCGUGCAAAAGGCAGUUUGCGUCUUGAGUGUCAUUCCUCUGUAUGGACAUAUCGAGGUGAAAAUGUCUCUCAUAACUCAUGCGUAUUUUGAAGAAGGCGAUUUUACCAAAGUAUCAUUAUUGAAAGACACAUACGAGCAUUUGAAUUUGUGUUUGAAAAAUCUGGAUGAUAUUACAACGUCGCCGCAGUUUUUUGUUGGACUUCCGGCCAGAGAUUUUAUUUUAAAAUUCCGUCAUAAAGCUGUCCUUCUUUUUAAAUUACUUUUAUUGGAGAAAAAAGUUAUAUUUUAUUGCUCUCCUGUACAUAAUCUAUGUUCAGCAAUUCUUUCGCUUUUGUCUCUUCAUCCUGGUAUGCUUGAAGAAGGUUUACAUCAAUCAGCAUGUUUCAGGCCAUCUCGUCCUAUGUCACCAAUGCCGCAGUACAAUUUGGAAGAUGAAGAGAACAAUGAACCCGAAAUUAUUGAUAAUCGUUCCAAAAAAAGUAUUACCGAAGAAAAACCCGUUAAAAAUUAUGUUACUGAAAGCUGUCAGAAUAUUACUUCGAGUAACUUCAACGUUUCAUUUACUCGCGUUAAUAUUGAAAGUUCCUUGACCGUAGACCGGUCUUCUGUUGACGAUGAUCUUGGAAUAUCAGAACCCUGUGAAUCAUUGAAUGGUAAUGAUUAUGGGGACAGAAAAGGCGAUAAAUCUAGCUCAAAUGAUAUAAACGCGCCCUUUAAAAAUGUUGGUUAUGAUAUUAUGGGCGAUGUCACCAUUCAAACAAAUUUAUCACUGAUGUCACAGAUGGAUCUGUCCGCUUGUGGUACUCCAUUAUCAAUUUUUACCGAGGGUUAUUUAUGCCUCCCAUAUCUAUCUUUACCAUAUAUGGAUGUUCUUUUGGACCCCAACGUAAGAGGUUAUGUUAUUGGCGCCACGAAUAUUCUUUUCAAACAAAAAAAACAUCUCGCUGAUAUUUUAGUUGAAGUGGACACAGCCAAAAUCGAAACUGACGACAUGCAAUUGAAGCGAUUACUUCAUUUAUCAAUGGAAGACUUGCGAUUUGCUGAUUACAUAGUUAAACAUGUUUGCGAAGAAAAGCAAGACGUUUUUGUGGACGGCGUUGGUUGGGAAGGAGGUGAUGAAUGGAUCAGAAUGCAAUUCAAAUUGUAUCUUUUGUCUCUUUUGCGAACUUCUUUAUUACCUGAAAACUCUCGCGAAGUAGAAUCUUUCAAUGUUGCAUUUGUUAAUGCGUGGAAAGAUACGCAUAACUACAAAACAUGGGUUUGUAACUAUUGUGACGCUGUGAAAGAAAUUUCCCCAUGUCAUCCUUUCGCUCGUCAGCUCUCAGUUGCAGACAUGAAAUUGAAAUUACAACACACGUUGCAAUACAGCGAAGGUGGCAAGAAAUUGAAUCAAGCCAUGCUAAAUACUGGAAAAGCAGUCGCUACAACUGGUCGUGCAGUCGGAGGUGCAAUAACUCAAGCUCGAGGUGCAGUUUCAAAUUGGUGGACAAGCUUUACAGCGAAUAAUACUUCGCCUCUGGAUUCUAUAGCGGAUAAUCCGCCCUGUAAUGGUGAUAAUAUAAAUUCUGACAAUGUACAGAAUGUGAUGUGAGCUAUAAAUUAUUUUAAAAAAUUGAAAUGUUUCUGAUGGCCAUGAAUGUAUGUACGUAGUAUAGACUGAUUUCGUCUCUAUUUCGAUAGUUGAAUUUUUCCUAUUAUUUUGAUACUCGAUGUUUUAUCAAACAUUUACAUUUAUUAUAUAUUAUAGCUACGUUUAGUUAGCUUUUUACAACUAUUUUGAGUUUUUUUACUUCUAGUUUGUAUUGUUCAAGUACCUAUUUUAAUCUAAGUCUCCGAAUAAGAAUAUCAUCUCAACAGAUGUGCAAUUGAUAGUUCUCAUCGUGACAGAAUGUUCUGUUCACUUUAAUUAAAAAUGCGUACCUUUAAGGAAAUCUAUUUGAAUUUUAAUUAAGUAUAUUUAAAGUUGAAUUGCCAUUAAGAAGUAUAACUUAUCUUUUCUCGUUUCCAAUUUUAAUCGUUUUUGAGCUUAUUCAAUAUUGAUGUCCAAAUAAAAUGUUCUCAAAUUAAGAA